ACGUGCAAACAUACCUUUUAACAGUAUCGAACGUAAUGUGUUGUAAUAUUGAAUUGUUCCGCAUUGUAAAUAAUAUAUUAAAACGAUUUAUAGCAACUUAACGAUGAGUUCAAUUUUUGACAAUAGCAACAAUAAUGAAAACAUUAUUAUUUUCGAUGUGUCAAAAAAUGAAAGGAAACUAAACGAUGAGUUUAAAAUACUUCAACGCAAAUUGAAAGCAAAGUGGAAAUUUAUCGAGAAUAACGAAGUGAUAUCCGAAGAAUCGUUGGCAAACGCCAAGAUUUUGGUGUUGCCAGGACCGUUAAAUAAAUUUACCGAACUUGAAAUGAAUUCUAUUAGAACAUUCUUAAAUUCCGGUGGCAAUGUGCUUGUUACACUUGGAGAGGGUGGCGAAAAUAAGUCCAAUACAAAUAUCAAUUUUUUGCUGGAAGAAUUUGGCAUAAUGAUAAAUAACGACAGUGUAGCACGUAUGAGUUACAGUCAAACAAUGCAUCCUAAAGAGUCUUUAAUUUCCCAAGGCUUGUCAAACAAAUCCAUAUUUCUAAAAAAUCACAAUGAAUACAUCGGUACGAAAUUUUUAUAUCCUUAUGGUGCGACUUUAAAUGUAGUGCAACCAUCCGUCGUCGCUUUGUCCAGCGGAUCAAUUGCUAUUCCAAUGAACAGACCUAUUUGCGCUUAUCACUGUGUGAAAAACGGCGGUAAGCUAAUUGUGUUGGGUUCAUCGAGAAUGCUAACAGAUACUUACAUAGAGAAGGAGAAUAAUGAUUCGUUGCGAGAAAUGAUUUUCGAUUUCUUUGAAAUAAAUCUCACGGAAACGGCGGACCUCCAUACUGAUGAUAUAGAAUUUUGGGAAUACAAUUUUGUGCCUGAUAUAACGCAGCAGGCUGACAAUCCAAAAGUUUGCACACAAGACUUGGAUAAUAUCGACAUACCUCGUGAAUACACUAAGUUAUUUAAACAUCACUUUUAUUCUGUAAAUUUAAAUAUGGUACCAGCUUGCAUAAAAGCAUAUGAGGCUUUGGGAGUGAAACACGAACCACUUACUUUGAUUCCACCUCAUUUUGAGGCACCUUUACCUCCCACACAGGCUUCGGUAUUUCCCCCAAGCUUCCAAGAACUACCACCACCUGCUUUAGAAUUAUUUGAUUUAGACGAAGCCUUCAGCUCGGAUUUCUUAAAACUGUCACAACUUACCAAUAAAUAUACAGAAACAAAAGAUUUAUCAAGCGACAAGGAACUGGAUGACUAUAUCAGAGAAUUUGGAAGUAUAGUAAAAAUAAAUAAUUCUAUCACACACACCGCCAAAGAAGUGUUGAAUUCUGUUUUUCAAAUAAUUUGCAGUUAUAAAGCAGUGCAUGAUUGA